CUCCCAACUUAGCUACGCAAAUUAUGACUGCCUUUAUUGUGGACGCGGAGCGGAGGGUUCAGAUAAGUCUGUACUCAAAGAUUUACAAAGAUUUGCGAACGUUCUAUUUUUUAAAGGGCCUUGCAAAAAAACGAAAGUUACCACCACGGAACAGAAAAUAAUGAUGGCUUCUCGUGAAGAAAUAAACAAAAUAUGGGAAAAGAAAUGGCAAAAUAAUCACUCACCUUGGGAUAUGCCACAAGGAAGUCCAUACUUAAAAAACUUCUUUCAGUAUCUUGUAAAGGGUAGUAUAAAUGGAAAGCGCAUUUUGGUUCCGCUUUGUGGCGCAACAGUUGAUAUGGCGUGGUUUUAUAAACAGGGAUUAACUGUUGUCGGUAUUGAACUGUUUGAAACUCCAUGUAAGUUGUUUUUUGAGCGUCUUUCAUUAAGUUAUGAAGUUAAAGAAAAGAACAAUGUAAAAGUUUAUUCGCAUGAUGAUAGGUUAAAAAUUUAUCAAUGUGACUUUUUUUCUACUGAUUGUGACCUACUUGGUGGGUGUUUUGAUUACUGGUUUGAUGUUGGUGGACUGGAAGCUACAGUGCCAGAAGAACAGCAAAAAUAUAUAAACCAGUUGACUAGCUUAUUAAAACCUGCAGGUCGUGUAUUGAUGGAAUGCUUUGAAUAUGACAUGUCUCUUCGUAGACAACCACCACAUAGUAUUCCAACUGAAACUUUUAAAGUUUAUUUGAGUGAUAAAUUUAUAAUUGAAGAGCUUAGUCGAAAGACGGAAGAUGAAUUACCAGAAGAAUAUACAGCUCGAAUUGGAUGUAAUUGCGUUCAUGUUUUAUACCUUCUUACAAAAAAGUUAACAAAUGUCUAAAAGAAUUGUGAAUGGUAGUAAGAAAAUAUUUUUAUUGUAUAUACUUUUUUAAAUUGUUUAUUAUUCUAGAUUGUGGUAUCUUUUGACACCCAUUACAAAUAUUGUUUAGAACUUUUGGACCAAGGGUUUAUAUUUUUCUUUUUGUCAGUACUUAUUAGGACCUUUUAGAAAAGUUGCUUCCAAUUUAGCUUAUUAGUAGUGCCUCAUAUUUUAACAUUUGUUUUGAAUAGGUGAUUGUGUGUUUUUUAAAGAAAUUUCUCCUUUAGCGAUGGCCAUUAUGGCUGAUACAGCAUUAUUGUUUAGAUUUAUAUAAAUUUUGCCUAUUUAGAGAUAGUAGUUGUUUACAAAAACACAUUUCUGCACAGUGCUUUCAGACCAAAAGUUGGCGAGGAAAGAAUGAUUUUAAAAGAAUCAAAUUAAAUCUAUAAACUUUUUUCAUCACAUGUAUUAAAAAACAGUAGCUUAUUGCUCAAAAUUAUAAUAUAACUCCUGAUCAGUUUUGGCAUAAAAAAAACACUGCUUUAUGCAGCCUAAUUCAAAAUUGUAGAUUGUAUCAAUGUUAUCAAUAAGAAUCUUUUUGCUAUAAUGCCUAAUGCAGAAGGUUUUUUUCCAUCCAAUGUAGAUGAAAGCAAACUGUAACUCAACCAAGUCAAUUCUGAAACAAGCAAAGACAGUACUUUUUAAAGCCCUAAGAAAUCACUUGCAUGGUGGUAUUAAAGUUUUUGUUUUAAGUUGUGUUUUUUUCUUUAUAACGAUUUUUAAAACAGGGAACAAUUCAAAACAAUUGCAACUUACAGCAGUUUAUAUCUCAUUUGUAUUAAUGUGUGUAAAAUACUUAUAACUUUAUGUCUAGAAUCAUUUUGUUAAGCUUAGUAUAAAGCUGUCACUUUAAUUUAAAAUAAUUUUCACUUUCUUUUUUAAUACAUUUCAUUUUGCUGACUGUUAAUCGUUCAAAAUGAUUUUUAUAUACAUUGUCAAUAUCACAAUUUUUUCAUUUUCUAAGGAAUCAGUUAUUAUAAUAUGCAUUAUGUUAUGAUUCUUUUUUACUUUACAUUUAAAUACUCAAUUGUUUAUCUAAAUCUUUUGUUAAGGUUAACUAACCAUAACUAUUCUAAAUGAUAUGGACCAGGUGGACGCGAAAGAUAAAGGUUUUUGGGCCUAUAAAUGGGAAAACGAUGUAAAAAUAAACAAACUAACAGGCCCUUUCAGAAGAGGCGUGCAAUAGCACGCGCACACCUCCACACACACACAAAAUGGCUUAGGUGUGCUAUUGAUAGCACCUGCAAAAUGACAAAUUUUAUAAGAAGUUAACCAGUGCAGCACACCCAAAAUAUAAGGGUUAAUAUAAUAUAACUCAUUAGUUACUAAUGAGUUUUUUAAACCCUUAUAAACUUUUGCAGACAUUCUUUGAAAUUCGAAAGUCAAAAUUCUAUGGUCCAUACAUGGAAACAGCUCUCUCAACACUAAUUUUUUAAGGCAACAAAGCAUUAAAUUUUUCUUAAAAUUUGGAAAGUGAAUACAUUCAGGGAAAAAAUAGUAAGUUAUAUGAAAAAUAAAUGUCUGAUUGGGAAAGUUUACUUUGAAUUAGGAAUUAUCCUUUUCUUGUUAAACUUUUUUUUAUGUUAAAUUGUGUUACUGAAACCUUCUAUAUCAAUUUUUUUUUAUAAGUGCCCCUUUCUAUUUUCUAGCCAUCUUGAAUAAGUGCCCACCUCAGGCAUUUUAGAGGUGACAUAAAUUAAAAAAUGUAUGCAAAGAUAAUUUUUUUCAAAUUGUUUAACAUAUAAUCCAAAAAUGAUGUGGUAUCUUCAUAGCCGCCAUGGCUAAAUUAAUCGAAUUUAAAUCAGUAAUACUUUUUGUGAGAAAUCUGUACAAAAUUAUACUCAACAAAAUAAAUGAUUUAGGCUGCUGAAACUGAAGAAAAAUAUAUAUUUUAUCUAAUUUUCAAUAAGUUGAAUAACUUACUUCGUAAUCUUUUAUUUUUUGUCAGAUUAUUUCAAAAUUUUGUUUAUUCACUUCUCUUCCAGCAAUAUCAUACAUAGUGUGUCCAUAUUUAUCUUUGAUCGUCACAUCAAUAUUUUUUUGAUGCAACAAAACAUCAACACAUGAGAUGUUACCACACAAUGCAGCGUAAUAAUAUUUGGUUGUCAGCAUCUCUUCAAUGGAUAUAUGUUAUGUGAUGACAACAUAGCUAGUAUAUGAGAUAAUUUCUGACAAUUAGAUAUUUUAGCGAAAUGAUCACUAUUAAAUUUAAAUUUAUCUUCCACCCCUGCAUCACUUCCAUGUGUGAUGAGAGUUUCCACCAUUGACAUUUUUUUUUCAUUGUAACUGGUUGUCCACAUCAGGGUGUGGGUUCACAUUAAUUUAUCAUAUGGACUAUGUUUGGUUUGAUAGAUAGUAAAUGUGCAGGUUCUGUUGUGUUAUUAUCAUGAAUAAGUUCCUUCAUAUCUAAAAAUAAAAUAAAAUAAAUGAAUGCAAAGAUAUUUUUAUUCAAAUUGUUUAACAUAUAAUCGAAAAAAUAUGUGAAGUAUCUUAAUUAAUCGAAUUUGAAUGAGAAAUGCUCUUUGUGACAUAUCUGUACAAAAUUAUACCCAACAAAAUAAAUGAUUUAGGCUGCUGAAUCUGGAGACAAAUAUAUUUUUCUUUCUAAUUUUCAAUAAAUUAAAUAACUUACUUCGUAAUCUUUUAUUUUUUGUCAUAUUAUUUCAAAAUUUUGUUUAUUCACUUUUCUUCCAGCAAUAUCAUACACAGUGUGUCCAUAUUUAUCUUUGAUCGUCACAUCAAUAUUUUUUUGAUGCAACAAAACAUCAACACAUGAGAUGUUACCACACAAUGCAGUGUGAUAAUGAUGUGUGGUUGUCAGCAUCUCUACAAUUGAUGUAUGCUAUGUGAUGACGACAUAGUACAUGUGAUAAUUUCUGACAAUCAGACAUUUCAGCGAAAUGAUAACUAUUAAAUUUAAAUUUAUCUUCCAUCCCUGCAUCACUUCCAUGUAUGAUGAGAAUUUCCACCAUUGACAUUUUUUUUCAUUGUACUGGUUGUCCACAUCAGGGUGUGGGUUCAUAUUGAUUUCUCGUAUGGACUAUGUUUGUUUGAUAGAUAGUAAAUGUGCAGGUUCUGUUGUGUCAUUAUCAAGAAUAAGUUCCUUAAUAUCUAAAAAAUAAAAUGAAAUAAAUGAAUGCAAAGAUAUUUUGAUUCAACUUGUUUAACAUAUAAUCGAAAAAAUAUGUGCAGUGGCUUAAUUAAUCGAAUUUGAAUGAGAAAUACUCUUUGUGACAAAUCUGUACAAAAUUAUACCCAACAAAAUAAAUGAUUUAGGCUGCUGAAUUUGAAGACAAAUGUAUUUUUCUUUCUAAUUUUCAUUAAAUUAAAUAACUUACUUCGUAAUCUUUUAUUUUUUGUCAUAUUAUUUCAAAAUUUUGUUUAUUCCCCUCUCUUCCAGCAAUAUCAUACUCAGUGUGUCCAUAUUUAUCUUUGAUCGUCACAUCAAUAUUUUUUUGAUGCAACAAAACAUCAACACAUGAGAUGUUACCACACAAUGCAGUGUGAUAAUGAUUUUUGGUUGUCAGCAUCUCUACAAUUGAUGUAUGUUAUGUGAUGACGACAUAGCUAGUAUAUGAGAUAAUUUCUGACAAUCAGACAUUUCAGCGAAAUGAUCACUAUUAAAUUUAAAUUUAUCUUCCACCCCUGCAUCACUUCCAUGUAUGAUGAGAGUUUCCACCAUUGACAUUUUUUUUUCAUUGUAACUGGUUGUCCACAUCAGGGUGUGGGUUCACAUUAAUUUAUCAUAUGGACUAUGUUUGGUUUGAUAGAUAGUAAAUGUGCAGGUUCUGUUGUGUUAUUAUCAAGAAUAAGUUCCUUCAUAUCUAAAAAUAAAAUAAAAUAAAUGAAUGCAAAGAUAUUUUUAUUCAAAUUGUUUAACAUAUAAUCGAAAAAAUAUGUGCAGUAUCUUAAUUAAUCGAAUUUGAAUGAGAAAUGCUCUUUGUGACAUAUCUGUACAAAAUUAUACCCAACAAAAUAAAUGAUUUAGGCUGCUGAAUCUGGAGACAUAUAUUUUUCUUUCUAAUUUUCAAUAAAUUAAAUAACUUACUUCGUAAUCUUUUAUUUUUUGUCAUAUUAUUUCAAAAUUUUGUUUAUUCACUUUUCUUCCAGCAAUAUCAUACACAGUGUGUCCAUAUUUAUCUUUGAUCGUCACAUCAAUAUUUUUUUGAUGCAACAAAACAUCAACACAUGAGAUGUUACCACACAAUGCAAGCUGAUAAUGAUGUUUGGUUGUCAGCAUCUCUACAAUUGAUGUAUGCUAUGUGAUGACGACAUAGUACAUGUGAUAAUUUCUGACAAUCAGACAUUUCAGCGAAAUGAUAACUAUUAAAUUUAAAUUUAUCUUCCAUCCCUGCAUCACUUCCAUGUAUGAUGAGAAUUUCUACCAUUGACAUUUUUUUUCAUUGUACUGGUUGUCCACAUCAGGGUGUGGGUUCACAUUGAUUUCUCGUAUGGACUAUGUUUGGUUUGAUAGAUAGUAAAUGUGCAGGUUCUGUUGUGUCAUUAUCAAGAUAAGUUCCUUAAUAUCUAAAAAAUAAAAUGAAAUAAAUGAAUGCAAAGAUAUUUUUAUUCAACUUGUUUAACAUAUAAUCGAAAAAAUAUGUGCAGUGGCUUAAUUAAUCGAAUUUGAAUGAGAAAUACUCUUUGUGACAAAUCUGUACAAAAUUAUACCCAACAAAAUAAAUGAUUUAGGCUGCUGAAUUUGAAGACAAAUGUAUUUUUCUUUCUAAUUUUCAUUAAAUUAAAUAACUUACUUCGUAAUCUUUUAUUUUUUGUCAUAUUAUUUCAAAAUUUUGUUUAUUCACUUUUCUUCCAGCAAUAUCAUACACAGUGUGUCCAUAUUUAUCUUUGAUCGUCACAUCAAUAUUUUUUUGAUGCAACAAAACAUCAACACAUGAGAUGUUACCACAUAAUGCAGUGUGAUAAUGAUUUUUGGUUGUCAGCAUCUCUACAAUUGAUGUAUGUUAUGUGAUGACGACAUAGUACAUGUGAUAAUUUCUGACGAUCAGACAUUUCAGCGAAAUGAUAACUAUUAAAUUUAAAUUUAUCUUCCAUCCCUGCAUCACUUCUAUGUAUGAUGAGAAUUUCCACCAUUGACAUUUUUUUUUCAUUGUGACUGGUUGUCCACAUCUUGGUGUGGGUUCACAUUGAUUUCUCGUAUGGACUAUGUUUGAUUUGAUACAUAGUAAAUGUGCAGGUUCUGUUGUGUCAUUAUCAAGAAUAAGUUCCUUAAUAUCUAAAAAAUAAAAUAAAAUGAAUGAAUGCAAAGAUAUUUUUAUUCAAAUUGUUUAACAUAUAAUCGAAAAAAUAUGUGCAGUGGCUAAAUUAACCGAAUUUAAAUCAGUAAUACUUUUUGUGACAAAUCUGUACAAAAUUAUACUCAACAAAAUAAAUGAUUUAGGCUGCGGAAACUGAAGAAAAAUAUAUUUUUUGUAAUUUUCAAUUAAUUGAAUAACUUACUUCGUAAUUUUUAAUUUUUUUCUCAGAUUAUUUCACAAUUUUUAUUAUUCACUGCUCUUCCACCCUCAUUAUACAUAGUGUGUCCAUAUUUAUCUUUGAUCGUCACAUCAAUAUUUUUUUGAUGCAACAAAACAUCAACACAUGAGAUGUUACCACACAAUGCAGUGUGAUAAUGAUUUUUGGUUGUCAGCAUCUCUACAAUUGAUGUAUGUUAUGUGAUGACGACAUAGUACAUGUGAUAAUUUCUGACAAUCAGACAUUUCAGCGAAAUGAUAACUAUUAAAUUUAAAUUUAUCUUCCAUUCCUGCAUCACUUCCAUGUGUGAUGAGAAUUUCCACCAUUGACAUUUUUUUUUCAUUGUAACUGGUUGUCCACAUCUUGGUGUGGGUUCACAUUGAUUUCUCGUAUGGACUAUGUUUGGUUUGAUACAUAGUAAAUGUACAGGUUCUGUUGUGUCAUUAUCAAGAAUAAGUUCCUUCAUAUCUAAAAAAUAAAAUAAAAUAAAUGAAUGCAAAGAUAUUUUUAUUCAACUUGUUUAACAUAUAAUCGAAAAAAUAUGUGCAGUGGCUUAAAUAAUCAAAUUUGAAUGAGAAAUACUCUUUGUGACAAAUCUGUACAAAAUUAUACCCAACAAAAUAAAUGAUUUAGGCUGCUAAAUUUGAAGAAAAAUAUAUUUUUUGUAAUUUUCAAUAAAUUGAGUAAUCUACUUUGUAAUUUUUAAUUUUUUUCUAAGAUUAUUUCACAAUUUUUUUUAUUCACUGCUCUUCCACCCUCAUUAUACAUAGUGUGUCCAUAUUUAUCUUUGAUCGUCACAUCAAUAUUUUUUUGAUGCAACAAAACAUCAACACAUGAGAUGUUACCACACAAUGCAGUGUGAUAAUGUUGUUUGGUUGUCAGCAUCUCUACAAUUGAUGUAUGUUAUGUGAUGACAACAUAGUAUAUGAGAUAAUUUCUGACAAUCAGACAUUUCAGCGAAAUGAUAACUAUUAAAUUUAAAUUUAUCUUCCAUUCCUGCAUCACUUCCAUGUGUGAUGAGAGUUUCCAUCAUUGAUAUUUUUUUUUCAUUGUAACUGGUUGUCCACAUCUUGGUGUGGGUUCACAUUGAUUUCUCGUAUGGACUAUGUUUGGUUUGAUACAUAGUAAAUGUGCAGGUUCUGUUCUGUCAUUAUCAAGAAUAAGUUCCUUCAUAUCUAAAAAAUAAAAUAAAAUAAAUGAAUGCAAAGAUAUUUUUAUUCAACUUGUUUAACAUAUAAUCGAAAAAAUAUGUGCAGUGGCUUAAUUAAUCAAAUUUGAAUGAGAAAUACUCUUUGUGACAAAUCUGUACAAAAUUAUACCCAACAAAAUAAAUGAUUUAGGCUGCUAAAUUUGAAGAAAAAUAUAUUUUUUGUAAUUUUCAAUAAAUUGAAUAAUCUACUUCGUAAUUUUUAAUUUUUUUCUCAGAUUAUUUCACAAUUUUUUUUAUUCACUGCUCUUCCACCCUCAUUAUACAUAGUGUGUCCAUACUUAUCUUUGAUCGUCACAUCAAUAUUUUUUUGAUGCAACAAAACAUCAACACAUGAGAUGUUACCACACAAUGCCGUGUGAUAAUGUUGUUUGGUUGUCAGCAUCUCUACAAUUGAUGUAUGCUAUGUGAUGACGACAUAGUACAUGUGAUAAUUUCUGACAAUCAGACAUUUCAGCGAAAUGAUAACUAUUAAAUUUAAAUUUAUCUUCCAUUCCUGCAUCACUUCCAUGUGUGAUGAGAAUUUCCACCGUUGACAUUUUUUUUUCAUUGUAACUGGUUGUCCACAUCUUGGUGUGGGGUCACAUUGAUUUCUUGUAUGGACUAUGUUUGGUUUGAUAGAUAGUAAAUGUGCAGGUUCUGUUGUGUCAUUAUCAAGAAUAAGUUCUUUAAUAUCUAAAAAAUAAAAUAAAAUAAAUGAAUGCAAAGAUAUUUUUAUUCAACUUGUUUAACAUAUAAUCGAAAAAAUAUGUGCAGUGGCUUAAUUAAUCGAAUUUGAAUGAGAAAUACUCUUUGUGACAAAUCUGUACAAAAUUAUACCCAACAAAAUAAAUGAUUUAGGCUGCUAAAUUUGAAGAAAAAUAUAUUUUUUGUAAUUUUCAAUAAAUUGAAUAAUCUACUUCGUAAUUUUUUAUUUUUUUCUCAGAUUAUUUCACAAUUUUUUUAUUCACUGCUCUUCCAACCUCAUUAUACAUAGUGUGUCCAUAUUUAUCUUUGAUUGUCACAUCAAUAUUUUUUUGAUGCAAAAAAACAUCAACACAUGAGAUGUUACCACACAAUGCAGUGUGAUAAUGAUUUUUGGUUGUCAGCAUCUCUACAAUUAAUGUAUGUUAUGUGAUGACGACAUAGUACAUGUGAUAAUUUCUGACAAUCAGACAUUUCAGCGAAAUCAUAACUAUUAAAUUUAAAUUUAUCUUCCAUUCCUGCAUCACUUCCAUGUGUGAUGAGAAUUUCCACCGUUGACAUUUUUUUUUCAUUGUAACUGGUUGUCCACAUCUUGGUGUGGGUUCACAUUGAUUUCUUGUAUGGACUAUGUUUGGUUUGAUAGAUAGUAAAUGUGCAGGUUCUGUUGUGUCAUUAUCAAGAAUAAGUUCCUUAAUAUCUAAAAAAUAAAAUAAAAUAAAUGAAUGCAAAGAUAUUUUUAUUCAACUUGUUUAACAUAUAAUCGAAAAAAUAUGUGCAGUGGCUUAAUUAAUCAAAUUUGAAUGAGAAAUACUCUUUGUGACAAAUCUGUACAAAAUUAUGCCCAACAAAAUAAAUGAUUUAGGCUGCUGAAUUUGAAGAAAAAUAUAUUUUUUGUAAUUUUUAAUAAAUUGAAUAACUUACUUCGUAAUUUUUAAUUUUUUUCUCAGAUUAUUUCACAAUUUUUUUUAUUCACUGCUCUUCCACCCUCAUUAUACAUAGUGUGUCCAUACUUAUCUUUGAUCGUCACAUCAAUAUUUUUUUGAUGCAACAAAACAUCAACACAUGAGAUGUUACCACACAAUGCAGUGUGAUAAUGUUGUUUGGUUGUCAGCAUCUCUACAAUUGAUGUAUGCUAUGUGAUGACGACAUAGUACAUGUGAUAAUUUCUGACAAUCAGACAUUUCAGCGAAAUGAUAACUAUUAAAUUUAAAUUUAUCUUCCAUUCCUGCAUCACUUCCAUGUGUGAUGAGAAUUUCCACCGUUGACAUUUUUUUUUCAUUGUAACUGGUUGUCCACAUCUUGGUGUGGGGUCACAUUGAUUUCUUGUAUGGACUAUGUUUGGUUUGAUAGAUAGUAAAUGUGCAGGUUCUGUUGUGUCAUUAUCGAGAAUAAGUUCUUUAAUAUCUAAAAAAUAAAAUAAAAUAAAUGAAUGCAAAGAUAUUUUUAUUCAACUUGUUUAACAUAUAAUCGAAAAAAUAUGUGCAGUGGCUUAAUUAAUCAAAUUUGAAUGAGAAAUACUCUUUGUGACAAAUCUGUACAAAAUUAUACCCAACAAAAUAAAUGAUUUAGGCUGCUAAAUUUGAAGAAAAAUAUAUUUUUUGUAAUUUUCAAUAAAUUGAAUAAUCUACUUCGUAAUUUUUUAUUUUUUUCUCAGAUUAUUUCACAAUUUUUUUAUUCACUGCUCUUCCAACCUCAUUAUACAUAGUGUGUCCAUAUUUAUCUUUGAUUGUCACAUCAAUAUUUUUUUGAUGCAAAAAAACAUCAACACAUGAGAUGUUACCACACAAUGCAGUGUGAUAAUGAUUUUUGGUUGUCAGCAUCUCUACAAUUAAUGUAUGUUAUGUGAUGACGACAUAGUACAUGUGAUAAUUUCUGACAAUCAGACAUUUCAGCGAAAUCAUAACUAUUAAAUUUAAAUUUAUCUUCCAUUCCUGCAUCACUUCCAUGUGUGAUGAGAAUUUCCACCGUUGACAUUUUUUUUUCAUUGUAACUGGUUGUCCACAUCUUGGUGUGGGUUCACAUUGAUUUCUUGUAUGGACUAUGUUUGGUUUGAUAGAUAGUAAAUGUGCAGGUUCUGUUGUGUCAUUAUCAAGAAUAAGUUCCUUAAUAUCUAAAAAAUAAAAUAAAAUAAAUGAAUGCAAAGAUAUUUUUAUUCAACUUGUUUAACAUAUAAUCGAAAAAAUAUGUGCAGUGGCUUAAUUAAUCAAAUUUGAAUGAGAAAUACUCUUUGUGACAAAUCUGUACAAAAUUAUGCCCAACAAAAUAAAUGAUUUAGGCUGCUGAAUUUGAAGAAAAAUAUAUUUUUUGUAAUUUUUAAUAAAUUGAAUAACUUACUUCGUAAUUUUUAAUUUUUUUCUCAGAUUAUUUCACAAUUUUUUUUAUUCACUGCUCUUCCACCCUCAUUAUACAUAGUGUGUCCAUACUUAUCUUUGAUCGUCACAUCAAUAUUUUUUUGAUGCAACAAAACAUCAACACAUGAGAUGUUACCACACAAUGCAGUGUGAUAAUGUUGUUUGGUUGUCAGCAUCUCUACAAUUGAUGUAUGCUAUGUGAUGACGACAUAGUACAUGUGAUAAUUUCUGACAAUCAGACAUUUCAGCGAAAUGAUAACUAUUAAAUUUAAAUUUAUCUUCCAUUCCUGCAUCACUUCCAUGUGUGAUGAGAAUUUCCACCGUUGACAUUUUUUUUUCAUUGUAACUGGUUGUCCACAUCUUGGUGUGGGGUCACAUUGAUUUCUUGUAUGGACUAUGUUUGGUUUGAUAGAUAGUAAAUGUGCAGGUUCUGUUGUGUCAUUAUCAAGAAUAAGUUCUUUAAUAUCUAAAAAAUAAAAUAAAAUAAAUGAAUGCAAAGAUAUUUUUAUUCAACUUGUUUAACAUAUAAUCGAAAAAAUAUGUGCAGUGGCUUAAUUAAUCAAAUUUGAAUGAGAAAUACUCUUUGUGACAAAUCUGUACAAAAUUAUACCCAACAAAAUAAAUGAUUUAGGCUGCUGAAUUUGAAGAAAAAUAUAUUUUUUGUAAUUUUCAAUAAAUUGAAUAACUUACUUCGUAAUUUUUAAUUUUUUUCUCAGAUUAUUUCACAAUUUUUUUUAUUCACUGCUCUUCCACCCUCAUUAUACAUAGUGUGUCCAUACUUAUCUUUGAUCGUCACAUCAAUAUUUUUUUGAUGCAACAAAACAUCAACACAUGAGAUGUUACCACACAAUGCAGUGUGAUAAUGUUGUUUGGUUUUCAGCAUCUCUACAAUUGAUGUAUGCUAUGUGAUGACGACAUAGUACAUGUGAUAAUUUCUGACAAUCAGACAUUUCAGCGAAAUGAUAACUAUUAAAUUUAAAUUUAUCUUCCAUUCCUGCAUCACUUCCAUAUGAGAUGAGAAUUACCACCAUUGACAUUUUUUUUUCAUUGUAACUGGUUGUCCACAUCUUGGUGUGGGGUCACAUUGAUUUCUUGUAUGGACUAUGUUUGGUUUGAUAGAGAGUAAAUGUGCAGGUUCUGUUGUGUCAUUAUCAAGAAUAAUUUCUUUAAUAUCUAAAAAAUAAAAUAAAAUAAAUGAAUGCAAAGAUAUUUUUAUUCAACUUGUUUAACAUAUAAUCGAAAAAAUAUGUGCAGUGGCUUAAUUAAUCAAAUUUGAAUGAGAAAUACUCUUUGUGACAAAUCUGUACAAAAUUAUACCCAACAAAAUAAAUGAUUUAGGCUGCUGAAUUUGAAGAAAAAUAUAUUUUUUGUAAUUUUCAAUAAAUUGAAUAACUUACUUCGUAAUUUUUAAUUUUUUUCUCAGAUUAUUUCACAAUUUUUUUUAUUCACUGCUCUUCCACCCUCAUUAUACAUAGUGUGUCCAUACUUAUCUUUGAUCGUCACAUCAAUAUUUUUUUGAUGCAACAAAACAUCAACACAUGAGAUGUUACCACACAAUGCAGUG